AUGAGUGGGCUCAAGGACCUGGUCCUGCCCUUCCGGAAGACACCUCUGGACGCAGGGACCGCCAUCCUCCCUGCAGGCCCGCGUCAGAAAGCGGAGCCUACCUGCCAAACAGAAAGCAGCCUCCAAGUCCUCAUGCGCCAGAUCGAGGUCUCCCACGGGGAGGCCAUGCAGCCCAGCCGGCUGCCCCCCAGCAUGCUGCCCCUCAUGUGGCAGCUCUACCCUGGCAGGCGGUACCGCGCCUCCGACUCCAGCUUCUGGCGCAUCGUGUACCACAUCGAGAUCAGUGGCAUCGAGGACAUGGUCCUUGAGCAGCUGCCAGACCCGUAG